GAACAAGGCGGCACGCGUCGUCAAUUAUAUUUAAAAUAUGGCGAGGCGCCCAUAGGCUUUCUCUUCACUUCAACACUCUACCAAACGCCUUGUAACGUAAUCAUGGCCAAUAAAGAAGCAACUAUCUACAUCGUAGAUGUUGGCAGAAACACUGGAGAUACACAUUCAGGCAGAGAUGAGAGUGACCUGGAAUGGAGUUUGAGAUGGGUGUGGGACAAAAUUACGACUACAGUAGGAACAGGCAGGAAGACUGCGAUGGUCGGUGUACUUGGCCUGCGAACCGCCGCGACCGAUCACUUUUUGAGUGACGAGGGGGGUUAUGAGCAUAUUUCGAUAUUCCACCCCAUUUCAGUUUUGAUGCCAGACGUGCGCAAGCUUCGCGAGAAGUUUGAGCCCAGCAGCACCAAUGCUGGUGAUGCCAUCUCCGCUAUAAUUCUUGCUACACAGAUGAUAACAGAUCAUUGCAAGAAGCUGAAGUACACUAAAAAGAUAUUUCUAGUUACUAACGGGCGUGGGCACAUGGAUGCGGAUGCUGGUGAUAUCGCAGGUCUUGCCAAAAAGAUCCAAGACGAAGACAUUGAGCUGACAGUGCUUGGGGUCGACUUCGAUGACGUAGAAUAUGGCUUCAAAGAAGAAGACAAAAGUGACACCAAAGCCAGUAACGAGACAAUCCUGCGAUCACUUACUGAGCAAUGUAAUGGUCAAUUUGGUACUCUUGAAGAGGCCAUCUCAGCACUGGGUGCCCCCCGAGUGAAGACAACGAGACCCGUCCACUCAUACAAGGGCCCGUUGACUCUUGGAGACCCGGAAAACUAUGAUACAGCGAUGUCAAUUGACGUCGAACGUUACCCUCGUAUUGCUGUUGCAAAACCACCUUCGGCAAGUCAAUUCGUCGUCAGGUCUGGCGCGACGCAGGACAGCGUCCAGUCAUCCGAAACCCUUCAAGAAGGAGGUGCAUCGGAUCAGCGACCGGAUGGUGACCUGGCUGCUGUCAAGAACGCCCGAAACUACCAGGUACCAGAUGAAGACGCCCCAGGGGGCAAAAAAGACGUACCGGAAGACGAGCUCGCAAAAGGCUACGAGUAUGGUCGCACAGCUGUUCAUAUCAAUGAAUCUGAACGUAACGUUACAGAACUUGACGUCGAGCCGUGUCUCGAUAUCAUAGGUUUUGUUCCGAGAACCAAUGUCCAACGUUACUUUAGCAUGUCGAAGACGUGUAUGAUUAUAGCACAGAAGGCAAAUGACAAGGCCAGUCUCGCACUUUCGUCGCUUAUACAUGCACUGCAUGAACUCGACACGUAUGCGAUUGCUCGAUUUGUGAACGCUAGGAAGUCGAAACCAGUCAUACUUCUCCUCGCCCCUGAAAUCGAGAUCGAGUACGAGUGCUUAAUUGACGUGGAGCUACCAUUCUCGGAAGACAUACGCCAAUAUCGAUUUCCACCACUAGACAGGGUCUUGACGGUGUCCGGCAAGACUAUCACUGAGCAUAGAAACUUACCAAGUAAGGACCUAAUGCAAGCAAUGAGCGACUACGUAGAUGCCAUGGAUCUAUCAACCGCAGGAAAGGACGAUGAUGGGGAUGUUUGCGAGUAUGCAACAAUGGAUCAGACAUUCUCGCCAGUAUUGCACAAUGUCAAUCAGAACAUCCAGUGGCGAGCAGCUCGAGGAGACCAAUCCUUGGCUCCAGUAUUAGAGAUCUUAACGCGCUACUCAAGACCACCAGAUGAUCUAGUCACGAGCGCCACCACAGAGAUAAACACACUCGUCAAAAGAAGCGAUGUCAAACCAGUUCCGCCAAAGCUGAAAGGUCGAAAGCGCAACAGAGAGACAGAGAAGCCCUUGUCCGGCCUGAAUGUUGAAGAGCUUCUGGGCCGCGAGAAACGAACGAAAAUCUCGGCCGAAAACGCUAUCCCAGAGUUCAAGCAGUAUAUUGAGAACAGCGAAGAUUUCAGUGCUAUUAAAAACGCCGCUGACCAAAUGUUCAAUCAUGUCAGCUCAUACAUUCAGCAUAGUAUAGGGGACAGCAAAUACGGCAUGGCCACUGAAGUUUUAUAUGUCGUAAAACAGAGCAUGAUCGACUACGAAGAACCAGAGAUAUACAAUGAACACUUAGCCGCUUUGAAAAGAAAGGUCCUGGACGGCUCGCUAGGAGGAAACCGCACAGAUAUGUGGGUUCGUAUACGACACAACAGACUUGGGCCCAUUACGAAAGAACAGUCAAAACACUCAAAAUACUCAGAAGAGGAGGCAAAGAGGUUCAUGCGGGUGUCACCUAAAUAGGAUCGCUGCAGCGACCGUCUUGCGGUUGCUUAAUCUUCGUCGGAAUCUGCUAACUCAGAAGUGAAUCACAAGAAUGUGGACCCCAUGCAAGGCAAGGCCUAGCAUGACAAUAGUUGGGAAAGUCGAAGCUGCUUCUGACUGCCGACGCCUUUGCUUCAGCUGGCUAGCUACUGUCUUUUACAACACACUGGCCCAGUCACCGUACCUUGCAUUAAGAUUCAUUCUGG